AUGCUAGGAUUCACAUUUAAAGAAGAUACAGAUGCUGACAGAGUGCUAUUAGUUAUGAAGGUGCUUAGUGCCACUUUUUACGCCGUGUCUUCAUUUAUGAUAACGGUGGUUAAUAAAACUGUGCUGACCUCAUACGCGUUUCCUUCUUAUCAAGUAUUAGGCAUUGGACAAAUGUUAGCGAUAAUUAUAGUUUUAUGGGUAAGCCGUGCCAUUAAAAUUGUUGAAUUUCCUACGCUGGAUCGUGGAGUUGCACAGCGGAUAUGGCCCUUACCAGUGAUUUAUUUGGGCAAUAUGGCAACCGGUCUUGGAGGAACAAAAGAGCUUAGUCUUCCAAUGUUCACGGCUUUACGCCGCUUCAGUAUUCUAAUGACGAUGAUCUUAGAGCGAUUUGUGCUAGGAAUCAAAGCCUCAUGGCCAGUUAAAGCAAGUGUGAUGGCCAUGGUUGGAGGAGCAUUACUAGCCGCUGCUGAUGAUGUCACAUUUUCAUGGUCUGGAUACACUCUUGUUCUUCUAAAUGAUGGAUUUACUGCAGCAAAUGGUGUAUACAUGAAGAAAAAAUUGGAUUCAAAGGAAUUAGGUAAAUAUGGAUUGAUGUUCUACAAUGCACUCUUUAUGAUAGUACCAGCUGCAAUAGUAGCAUGGUGCACCGGUGAUUUAAGACGCUCUGUAGAUUAUCCUCAUUGGUCUGACUCACUGUUUGUGCUACAGUUUCUUAUGUCCUGUGUGAUGGGUUUUGUCCUCUCAUACAGUGUUAUGUUAUGUACACAAUAUAAUAGUGCAUUGACAACAACAAUAAUUGGGUGCUUAAAGAAUAUUUUGGUAACUUAUUUAGGUAUGAUCAUUGGAGGCGACUACGUUUACUCAUGGCUGAACUUUGUUGGAUUAAACAUAAGUGUUCUUGCGAGUUUAUGGUACACCUAUGUUACUUUUAAACGUAAACCAACUUCAUAUGCUUUACUGAAUGAAGCAAAUAGCAAAGUUGAUACAGUUUAA